AUGGGCCCGGCUACAUUCACCCACGACCUUCCUACCUCCCUGGCGGACCUUCUCUCUAAUACCUUAAUUCUGCGUCAAACUGCCCCAUACCUCCCCGUCUCUGCUCUCCGUAAUCUGUCCCGGACCUCAAAGUCCCUCCAUGCCAUCAUUCAUUCCCCCGAGGCUUUCCGCUACCUUGAUCUCUCAACCGUCAAGUCCGCCAUUGUACCCUUUGAGGGCCCUCUGGACGUCGGCGGCGUCAAUUUCCGUGCUAAACGCAUGGAUGAAGCCCUCACCGAAGAUGACUUCUACAGCGGUCUUCUACGACACAUCUUCAACAGGCUUGAAAAGAUCCACGUCCUUCAGAAUGUGCACACUUUGGUCCUAGACGGGCUCAGCGUAACAGCAGAGCUCGUCAAAGACCUGCUCACAGAAGAGAGGUUCAACGUACGCAUACUCUCUAUUCGUGAAGUCAAGAAUUUGAACGAACGCAAACUCCAACAAUACAUGCGAUAUGCCGUACGUCCGUCAAGACCUGAGGGCACCCCUCGAGUCAAGGGCAUCUAUCUCUUUGGAUCCCGCGAUCCUCCUCCGCGUCCUGCAUCGCCUCCGACAAAAAGGCAGCCGUCGCCCGUAUCCAGAGGAGUGAUGUCGUCAAGAGGAGCGCAGAUUGGAGCACAGUGGAACGAGAAAUCACAGCAAGCAUUGGACGUUGCACUGUCACGGACAGAAGACAAAUGGUACAAAUCAUCCGGAAAGAUCAUAUCAAAGCGUCCCUCUCCGGAGUGGGCAGAGAUACUCCAGGAGUGUGCCGGUAUCAUUGCUUUCGAUGCCGUUCUUUGCAGAGGUCCACGCCACGACCCAAGCAAAGCGUACAUUAGGGACCCUUCAGUUGCGGGAGCUCAUCAUCCAGCAGCUUUCCUUCGGCCUUCGAUUGCCACUGUUGCCCUGGGACCAUCUGGCUGUGAGACAUGCCAUUCCUCCCCUGAAGGACCAGCCGUGUUCGGUAGCUCGAGCCCGGCCCAUCACCCACUACUGAGUCCCGUUCCGCUGCAUGGCAGCACUGUCCGUGCUGCUCAGAUACCACAUACCCUUGACGGAACCGCCUCUCCACCUCUCAUAGUACGAUGCGAAGACUGCCUCAGAGGUCGCUGGUGCGAGAGGUGUCACAAGUGGUGGGAUGAAGAUUGUUACGUGGUUCCAGCUACCGCCCAACGUACGGAAUUGCAACAAACCGAGAUUGUAGAGAACCUUCAAUCCGAUGGGACCACUCGAAUGCUCCCGAAGCAAAAGACCAAGAUUAUCGGUGUGCGACGUGACUGUUUCGGCUGUGGCCAUACGUGCAUCACUUGCAAGGAACUCUUUAUUCGGACCUGCAAGAAGUGCAACAAUGAAUAUUGCCGUGAAGACAACGACGCUUCUUCUGACACCAUGUGUGACUGGUGCAACUACACUUCGCGAAGAACUGUAGAAAUGUAUUAA